UGGGUUCUGACAUGCCUGAUGUUUUAGAUUGGAUUGCUGUUGAAUCUUUUGUGACCAUUCUAAAACAUUUUUAUGAAAUGACACUAAGAAUUUCAGGCUCACUAUAUGUUACUUCCAAUACCUUUUUUUCUGAAAUUUCUGACUUGUUCCUUGUCCUCAAAGAUAUGGUUGCCUCUCCAACUGCUUCUGUCGGUGCCAUGGGGAGUACUAUGAAAUCCAAACUAGACAAGUACUGGGGUGAUCCUGAAAAGAUGAACUAUCUAAUCUUCUAUGCUAAUGUCUUAGAUCCUAGGGAAAAGUUUGAGUAUAUGCCAUUUCAGCUAAAUGCUUUAUAUGGUGAUAAAAAAGGUGCUGCUUUUUUUCUAAAAGUGAAGUCAGGUCUAACUGAGUUAUUUGUUGAUUAUGUUUCAAGUUACCCUGACUGUGUUGGUGGAAGUUCUAAUACAACUUUUACUUCUGGAGCAUCUAUGGAGUGUGGUAAUUCUGAAAAUAGGCCUGUGUCCAGGUUUAAGGCUGGUCUUAAAAAGAAGAAGCUUGAGAGUGGUCAGGUAGGAGUUAAAAAAUCUGAACUUGAUAUAUAUUUAGCUGAGUCCAUAAUUGAGGAAGAUGGGGACUUUGAUAUUCUAAGAUAGUGGAAGUUAAAUAGUGAAAGGUUUCCUAUACUUUCCAAGAUGGCUAGGGAUGUACUUGGUGUUCCCAUUUCCACAGUUGCUUCUGAGUCCACUUUCAGUACAAGUGGUAGGGUUUUGGACUGUUUUAGAAGUUCAUUAAGUUGUAAAAUUGUGGAAGCCCUUAUUUGUGCACAAGAUUGGUUGAGAUUGGCUCACCAGCCUAUCUCAAUUGAAGAAAACAUCGAUGACGUAGAGAGACUAGAAAAAGAAAUAAUGGAUGGAAAUGUUGGUGGUGGAACUGCUGCUCCUACUGGAUCCUCUAUUGUGCCAUUAAGUGUACAUUUUCUAUAUUUUUAUAGGGUUUAGGGUUGGCAUUGCUCUUUCAGUUCAUAAUAAGCAUUCUGACUUCUGAGCUAUAUGACAUGUUUGGUUUUUGCCAUUAUUUGGUUGUUUGGCUAUGAUGAAGCUUCCACUCAUUAGUGCAUUUAGGGUUUAGGGUUGGUGUUGCUCUUUCAGUUCAUAAAAUGGUAAGUUGUAACUGAAAUUGUAGCAGAUGCCCCCUAUUUCCCCUUAUGAAUGAUAAAAAGCAUUCUGAGCUCUAUGAAAUGUCUGGUUUGUUUCAUUAUGUGCUUGAUUUUGAAUGGUGAAGCUUCCACAGUUCCACUCACUACUGCAUAUAGGGUGUAGGGUUGGUAUUGCACUUUCAGAUGCCCCCUAUUUCCCUUGUGAAUGAAAAUAAGCAUUUUGAGCUCUAUGAAAUAUCUGGUUUGUUUCAUUCUGCCAUUAUGUGCUUGUUUUUCCAGUUAUGAUACUCCCAUAUGCCCAUUACUUGAUAUAUAUUGGAAAUGUUGGAAGCUGUUAAGUAUAUGUAAAUAUGUAAUACACAGUAUAGAUGUUUAAUACUUCAAUGCAAAUAUAUAUAUUGCAUGAACUGUGUACUAAUUUAGCUCACUAUCACUGGUAUAUUGUUGUUGUACAUGUGAAUCCCUAUACAUAUGUAUAAUGUAUUAUGUGCUCAUUACAUUUGAAUGAGUAUGAUUCUGUCAUUCUGGAAAGCAUGCACAUGCAGCCAACUGUCCCUGGACCCUUGUCCCUUUAUCUGAUUUUCAGGUUUUGCGUAAGUAUCUCAUUAUCCCAUUCAUCCUUGAUUCUAUCAUUUAUAUUACUUUUCAUUGGCUAUGAUGAAGCUUCCACACAUUACUGAAUGUAUGGUUUAGGGUUGGUAUAGCUCUUUCAGUUCAUAACAUCUAAGUUUUGACUGAAAUUGUAGCAGUUGCCCCUGUAUUCCUUGUGAAGGAUAACAAGUAUUCUGAGCCACUGAUUUUUCUAAUUUGUUUCAUUAACUUAUCCUUGUUAUUGUACUACAUGUAUAUUGAUUUCCAUGUGUUCAUUAACUUAUCUUUGUUAUUGUACAUAUGCAGGGGGAAUCUUGAAGGUGUGGUAAAUGGUUGUGGAACUGUGGAAGUGUGGAAUUUGAAAUGUUCAAGCUAUGACCCUGAGUGGACUGCCUGAGUGGAUGUAUUGAUUUUGCUUAGUUGUAACUUAGAACUUUACCACUUUGGAUGUUAAUUACUUGUAAUUAAGUAAUUAAUGCCAAAACUCUAUGUUACAAUUUUGAUCCCCUCCCUAAGCUACUCUGUUACUUGAUGACUUGUAAUUGAGUAAUUUGGUAAUUUGAAUAUCUGGUAUCAUAU